AGGGAACACUGAUUGGGAGGCAUUUGAGGUCUAAAGUGGUGGGUGGGAGUGUUUCUUGUGUUUCCUCAACUUGUCACUCCUCAACUAAAAUUACUGUUAGCACCUUACUCAGCAGGAGUGCUGCUGCCAACUGAGACAAAAUCACAGGGCUCAGUCCCUGUACAGCAGCUGCACUAGAAGCCCAAGACCAGCUUCCUACAGCCCGACUACAUCCUUGGCAGAAAGCGACUACUCCACUGCUCCCACCCCCGUUUUCCUAUUUGUCCCCAAUCCUGUAGUCUGCUCCUUUCCAGCGACUGGAGGAAGGGCAACGCCCCGGCCCCCUUCUGCUUGCAGUUAGAAGGGCCCAGAGGAACGAGAAACUCAGCCUGUCGUGGAGUUUGAGCUAUGGCUGCUCUCAGCAUGGGGAAGAAACUUCAGGAUGAAGCCACUUGCCCCGUUUGCCUGGACUUCUUUACUGAUCCAGUGACUCUGGACUGUGGGCACAAUUUCUGCCAAGCCUGUAUUGUUCAGUGCCUGGGAGAGCCCCCCACAGAAUCUACCUGUCCGCAGUGCAGAGAGAACUUUCAGCCAAGAGAUGUGAAACCGAACCGGCAACUGGCCAAUGUGGUUGCAAUAGCCAAAGAGUUCAGUAUGCAGGUGAAGCAGGAGGAGGGAGGGGGGAGAAUCUGCCAGUGGCACCAGGAGCCCUUCAAGCUCUUCUGCAAGGAGGACGAAGCCCCCAUCUGCGUGGUGUGUGACAAAUCCAAGGAGCACCGAGCUCACACUGUGGUUCCCCUGGAGGAGGCUGCCCAGGAGUACCAGGGCCAGUUCUGCAGCUUUCUGGAGCUUUUGAGGAAGGGGAAAGAGAAAAUUCUGGCAUGCAAAGCUGAUGCAGAAAAGGAAAGCCAAAACUUGCUUAAUCGAGCAAUAGCAGAGAGGCAAAAGAUAGUGGUUGAAUUCAGACAAUUGCAGCUGUUUUUGGAAGAACAAGAGACACUCCUGUUGAUCCAGAUCGAAGAAAUGGAAAAGGAGAUUGCAAGAAGAAGGGAUGAAUAUAUGGAAAAACUCUCAGAGGAGCUCUCUUCUCUUGAUAAAGUUAUCCAGGAGAUGGAAGAGAAGUGUGAGCAGUCAGCAAGUGAGCUUCUGCAGGAUGUUAGAAGAACCUUUCAGAGAUGCAAGGAGAAAGAGAGAUUUGAUAAUCCUGUGACUUUUCCUCCCGCAAUGAAGUGGAGGAUCUGGGACUUUUGUGAAAGAAAUACCUUUCUGGAGAAUGUCAUGAAGAAGUUCAAAGACAAUCUGCUAUCUGGAUUUCAGCUGAAAGUCAAUUUCACUCUGGAUCCAGACACAGCUCAUCCCCAACUCAUCCUGGCUGAGGAUCGUAAAAGCGUGAAAUGGGGAGAAAAAUUGCAAGAUGUGCCGAACAAUCCUGAGAGAUUCAGUAACUGCUGUAUUGUGCUGGGAUGUGAGGGAUUCACAGCAGGGAGGCAUUGCUGGGAAGUCAGUCUGGGAAGUGGGGGGAACUGGGCUGUGGGGGUUGCCAGGAAGUCUGUGAAGAGAAAGGACUUUUUUACGUGGGGUCCUAAGGAAGGGAUCUGGGCUGUGACGAAGUGGUAUGGCGGGUACUGGGCACUCGAUUACCCUACUUACAUUCCUCUGCACCUGAAUGGGGAGCCCAAGAGGAUCCGAGUGACUCUGAAUUGUGCUGAGGGGCAAGUGGCCUUUUUUGAUGCUGACUCAGCAGCCCCCAUCUACGCCUUCUCAGAAGCCUCAUUCUCAGGAGAGACCCUUCUCCCUUUCUUUUGGGUGGCCGGGAAAGCAAUCCUGACACUCUCCCCUGAAACAGCUGGAGAGUAAUGUAUAAUAAGCUACAGCAAUUGCAACACAUAUACAACUUUUGAAGAUAAGACUGGGGGACGGGCAAGUUUUUCUCCCAUAUGAGAAGAAGGUGGAUUUGAGCAACUGUGAUUGGUUCACCUCUGUGACAGAGCUACUUGAUUCUGCAUCCCAUCCCAUCCAAGCUAUUUUCAAAGUGAAGGAAAAGACAGGGUGGGUGGGUAAUAAAGCACUGAGCAAACCUUUUAUCAGAUAACUGUUCCAGCUGCUUGGAUGGAAGUAGGAGAAGCAGAUCAUCUGCCACUCCUCCUCCUCCUCCUCCCCUGUUUCAUUCUGCUUUCACUACAAAGCCAGGUACAGGCAUAGAGGUGGAGCUGAAGGUAGCAGAGAUUGCCCUGCAGGGAAUCCUGCACACCUUCUUCUGUUUCUGGGUGCAUCUGACUCCAGUCUUUCCAAAGGCAAUAGAUCUACACAGGGGCAGAUCCAGGAUGCUCUGGCACUCCCUGUGAAUAUUCUUGACAGAGAGAGUAGAGAGUGAAGAAACUCUUACCUCUGUGCCCAUCCAUGAUUGAUUCUUCCUUCCAUUUCUGUUUAAGGGGGGGCAAGGGCUGGCCAUUUUUCUCCUUCCUCCUGUCCCAGCAGCCGGUUGAUUGCCUCCCUGCUAUUUGCUUCCUUGUUAGUGGUCUGCUCAUAAUUCUCACAAGGCACCAUGGAAUUCAGUUACUCUGCUCUCUGAGCUGAAAGGAAGGAUCAGAUAUCAGCCUAUGAGCAAUUGUUAGUCAAUGCAGGGGUGGGGGAAUCUGUGGGCAGAGAGAGGGAGACUGACUGACUGUGUGUGUUUUGAGUGGGUAAAUGGGGGAGACUCGGGAGUCCUUUGGUGCUCUGGUGAUGGUGGUUUUGUUCCUUAAGCAGAGAGCAAUGGUGCCGCCCCAGACCCUGAUAGGAAAAGGGCAUAUGUGUUCUGACUGAGCCAACAAGGUGAUUCAGUUUUGUGUUUGUGUUUUGCCUGUACUUAAAAAGAAGAAGAAUCAGGAUGGAGUGUCUCUUCCUGGGAAAUAAAGUUCCGCUGAAAAGA